CCAGCAACCAUCUUAUGGUCCAUUCUGCAGGAUAAUUAGCAGCUAAUCAUCUCCACUGACUUCACCUGGAAGCCAUCUUAAAGACUGUAUGCUACGGGAAGCACUGCUAAACCGAGACCUGCACAGUUGGAUUUCACUGGAUUUUUCUCCUUUUCUGUUUCUAUUUUUACUGAACUUAAAAAAUGAAGGACCGACUGGCACAGCUGAAGGAGAAGAGCGACGCCGGAGGAGACGACAUUGAGGUUCCUGUGGAGAAUGAAGCCUUCAUGGACGAUUUCUUUGCUCAGAUUGAGGAUAUCCGUACCAGCAUCGACAAGAUUGAUGAGAGCGUGACAGAAAUAAAGAAACUCUACUCCUCCAUCUUGUCGGCCCCCACACCUGACCAGAAAACACAGGAUGACGUUGAAGCUCUCACCAACGAGAUCAAAAAGUCCGCCAACAACGGCAGAAACAAACUCAAGAGUAUUGAGCGGCAGCUGGAGUCAAAUAAAGAUGAGAGGGCCUCAGCUGACCUCAGGAUACGGAAGUCACAGCAUGCAAUUCUGGCCAAGAAGUUUGUGGAGGUGAUGACAAAAUACAACGAGGCUCAGGUUGACUUCAGAGACAAGAGCAAAGGACGAAUCGCCCGCCAGCUGGAGAUCACUGGAAAAGCAACAACUGAUGAGGAGCUGGAGGAGAUGCUGGAGGGAGGAAAUUCUGCCGUGUUCACUGCUGGGAUCACAGAGUCUAAGAUCAACCAGCAGGCCCUCAAUGAGAUUGAAGCUCGCCAUAAAGACAUCAUGAGGCUGGAAAGCAGCAUCAAAGAGCUCCAUGACAUGUUUGUUGAUAUCGCCAUGCUGGUUGAGAACCAGGGCGGCAUGAUUGACAGGAUUGAGAGUAACAUGGAUCAGUCAGUAGGCUUCGUGGAGAGAGCCGUGGCCGACACCAAGAAGGCUGCCAAGUUCCAGCAGGAGGCCCGCAGGAAACAAAUGAUGAUCUUCUGCUGCUGUGUGAUUCUGUCCAUCAUCCUCGGCUCGUUUGUCUACAGCUUCAUUAAAUAGAGGAAACUGCAUGAGGCCCCCAUCGGCAGGGUCCACAGAUGGGACCGAACAGAAGUGCUCUCAUGUGGUUGUGGACUCAAUCUCAGGUCAUUUCACUUCACAGAAAUAAGGGCUGCCCAUAUCUGCAUUCAUACUCAGCUAGUUUAGUUUAGGUCAUGAAAACUUUAAUAACCCUGUUUCUAAAAUCAUUCAAAUGAACUGAAGAAAAUCCUCCCUCCUGUCCUAAAAUGUCUCAGAAGACAUGCUUUGACACAAAUCCAACUCUUUCAGUUAUAGGAUGAAGUCAACAUCCAUGGACAGCUGCAGAGUCAUUUAAAGUGAGAGAAGAGACAACAAGGAAUUAAAGAUAAAAUUAAAGACUUUUUCCUGCAGAAUAAUCCAACUGUGGUUUGUUUAAACAUCACUUAACCAACGGACCAAUCAAAGGGUGACCAUUAAAGCUUCAUGCAUGUAUAAAAUAUAUUAGAGUGGGUUUCAAUAGACAGCAUCUGCUGCUACAGCACAAUGACUGCUGCAGUACUUAGGUUUAAUUGUGUGGCAUUAGGCUCAGUGUUGGUUAAUGUUGGUGUAUAUGUGUAGGAGUAUUUACUCUCCAACGCUCAAUCUGCAGCACAUCUGACCAGCUGGGUGGUCACCAAAAUAUUCCCAAUUCACUGUCCAGAGACUGUGGAAAAGCACAGGAAAUGUGUCCACCAACCUGCCCGAGCAGACUAUUCCAUCAACUCUCAAUUCCAUGUUUGUUCGCUUUUUCUAAAUCAGCUAGAGUUUACUUCUUACAGCUCUGACAACUCUGAAUUAUAAUCAGGAUCUUCCUUCAGCACACCAAAAAGAAGACAAGCCAAACAAAGAAACUGAGUUGAUAGUGGUGUAUCAGACCGCUACACAGCACUUCAUGGAGUUUGUAUCGUAAGUAUUGAAACAGCUUUUGUUUUUCUUGUGUACAUUUGUCUGUGUGUCCUAUAAUAUGGAAACAUACUGUGCCAAUACUUAUGCUAUCAACUGCAUCUAAUUCAUAGCGUUCAUACAUUGUGGAUAUUUCAUGUGCUGUGAGUGUGUGUGGGCCUUUUAUUCAAACGCGUUUUCAUUUCUGUGAAGAAACAGAGUCAAUGAUGUUCUAGUUAAACUCGUUUAGAUUUAAUGUUGAACUCACAAGAGGAAAAAGCAAAAAUAGACAGGUUACAUCCCAACAAUAGGUUUUAAUUUUGAGUGUGAGAUGAUAAAUGGAAAUAAACCCUGUCCUGCCUUCAGGCUCUUUUAUUGCUUGCUUUAGCUCCUUGAGUUUUGUUUUCAUUACAAAGAUCUACUUCAUUUUUGAUAUUUCUAUGUGUGCUUCCCAUCUUUUUUACAGGACAGCUGUAUUAAAUCUUGGUAUGAUCCUUGUUAGUCUUUUACA